AUGGCCGCAUCGACAACGGCCCGGUGCUCGGGCAUUCCCAUUGUCGACUUGGCGCCCCUCGAAUCCGAUAGUCCUCGGGAGCUAGAGGAGACGGCGGCAAGGCUCUACGACGCCUUCAAGAACGUUGGGUUUGCCUACGUCAAGAAUCACGGCGUGCCGCAGGACGUCGUCGACGAAGCAUUUGCAUGGAGCCGCAAGUUCUUUGCCCUGCCGCAGAGCGUCAAGGACAAGGCCCCCCAUCCGCCAUACGGGUGGCACCAUCGAGGCUACUCGGGCGUCGGUGUGGAGAAGACGACGCAAAUGAUGUUUGACGACGAGGACAUCUCCGAGUCACGCAAGGUGCCCGACUGCAAAGAGUCGUUUGAGAUUGGCAGUGACGAGAACGCGCGGAUGCCCAACAUCUGGCCGCCCGAGCACGAGGUACCGGGAUUCAGGGAGUUCUUCGGGCGCUUCUACGACGCUUGCUACGGCGUCGAGGUGAAGCUGUUGAAGGCCAUUGCCGUGGGCAUGGGCCUGGACGAGGGCUACUUUUUGGACUACCACUCCAAGACGAACAACCAGAUCCGGCUCCUGCACUACCCGCCGGUGGACGCGUCUCUGCUCGGCGAGGGCAAGGUCGAGUGCAUCGGGGCGCACACCGACUUUGGGACCAUGACGCUGCUCUUCCAGGACGAGGUGGGCGGGCUCGAGGUCGAGGACAUUUCGGACAAGGGCAGGUUCAACCCGGCGCCGUACAUGGACGGGACCGUCGUCGUCAACAUUGGCGACCUGCUGAUGCGAUGGAGCAACGACGAGCUCAAGUCGACGCUGCACCGCGUGCGCACGCCGGCGGACCAAGGCAGAGCCCUCGGGCAGCGGAUGACGCGGGCGAGAUACUCGAUCCCGUACUUUGUCUGCGCCGACGGCGACCGGACCAUCGACUGCGUGCCGGGGUGUUUCGGACCGGGUCGGCCCAAGAAGUACGCGCCCAUCAACUGCGACGAGUAUGUGGACAUGCGCAUGAACGCCUUGUACUGA